UUGAGGAGAGUGGUCACAUGACCGUCGUACAUUCGCACAGUACAAGUACGCAGCACAGCGAGAGCAGUAGAAGAGUCCGAGGUAUAGUUCUAGUAGGCACUGUAUUUGCACUACGAGAACAAACACAAUGGGUCUCAGUAGAAUCGGGGUGAUUUUCUUUCUUUUGCCGUGCGCUUUUUAUUGCAUCCCUCCUCACGACGAAGCAGCCAAGGUGGCCAGGUUUGUAGCACAUAAGUGCGACUGGGCUUCAAUGUCCACCAUUUCUACCCACGACCCCGUGAAAGGUCAGCCUUUUGCCAAUGUGUUUUCUGUAAGCGACGGUCCGAAGGGGAAAGGUACCGGAGUACCAUACAUGUACCUGACAGCUAUGGAGAUCUCUGUGCAAGAUCUACAGGUGAACCCCACAGCCUCUCUUGCGAUGUCACUGGCGCAGACAAAGUACUGCAAGAAGCACAGCUAUGACCCACAAAGCCCCCUCUGCGUUCACAUCAUCUUGUCAGGCUCUGUAGUGAAGGUGAACGACACAGAAGCCAGUUUUGCAAAGCAAUCCCUGUUCAGUCGGCAUCCUGAAAUGGUAGACUGGCCCUCAGAUCAUGGGUGGUUCUUUGCCAAGAUGAAUAUCACUCAAGUAUGGGUCCUGGAUUACUUUGGAGGGAUCAAAACUGUCACACCUGAGCAAUACUUCAGUGCUGAGCCUUUUAGCACAACAACAGACUUUGAAUAAACUUUCAAGAUAUUGUUUUGAAAAGAUGAUUAAAGGGGCAGAAGAACGAAGAUCCAUUAUUCUGUGUGUGUGUAUGUGCCUUGUAAUAGUUAUACACCUUAUAUAUUUUAUUAAUGUAGAAAAUGAUGCAUGUUGUCUUUUGCACAACUAACCAUCAGCCAGUCAGCAAGUAAGUCUGUAAGCAGCUUAGUCAUUUGUAAGAAAUAAAUUCAGUAUAUAUACUGUACUGCGUUACAAAUAGUAGCUAGUUCUGAGAACUGUCACGCUCAGGGUCCUACUGAAGCAUGUUUAGAGAGGAAUUAAACAGUAGGGAUUGUACAAACUUGCAAGAAUACUCUAAUUCCAAGAAUGAGCAGUGGAAGUGUUGUUCUGAGUAGUUUCUUGCUGGCUUUAUUUUGUGAAAAUCUGAUCAUUUGCUUUUACUUUUGCAUUUGCUUCAAAAUACUGUUUGUUGCAGUUACAUCUGAUUACCAGUGAGUGGCGCCUAUCCCCACAUUUUUAACUCCAGUAUUUCAGUAUAGUGUGGUACCCUGUAUCAUAAUCUAGCCCAGUGGUUUUCAAAUUGGAGUGCGGAGAACUCUAUAAAAAAUAAAAAGAACAACAUUCUAUAUAUAAAAUAGGUAGACACUGGCAUGUUUACAAAGAUUUUCAGUGAGCCAGAGUGGUACAUUAUCUUCCCAUAAUGCACUUUUUUGUCACGCACUUUAUUUCAUUUUUAUGAAGUGUGUGGUAAAAAGACCCAAAAGGGGUUUUCUGGCCAUUGUCAGUUUUUGAGAAAUAAAACAGAAUUGCAUUUGUAUUGCACCCUUGAGGAUGUAGUGAGCCCGGUACACAAGAGUGAACAGGUUAAUGUGCCACAACGUCAGUUUUAUUAGCAGUAAGGCAAUUGAGAUUUUUCUAAAUGUAUUUUUGUAAAAAAAAAAAAAAAAAAAAGAAGAAACAGCAAAUGCUUUCUGUUUUAAGUAUAGUUGUAUUACAUUUCUAUGGUAACACUUUGCUUGCUUAAAAUAAAAUAAAGGCUUGAUUUCGACUGUA